AUGGGUUCCAACACAACUGAAUAUCCUGCUCUGAUCCCAAGUCCUGAAAACCCUACAGAAGCCUGGAGCAACUUCAAUAACUCAAGUCAGUGCCCUACAAAUAAUGCGUGGGGUUGGCUGAAAACCAUGCAACCUGCUUAUAUGACAAUCAUUUGUGUGCUGGGUAUUAUAGGGAACACAUUUGUCCUGUGUGUCUUCUGCCUGCACAAGAAACGCUGCACGGUAGCAGAGAUCUACCUAAGCAACCUAGCAGCAGCAGAUUUGGUGAUGAUGUGUUUAUUACCCUUUUGGGUUGUGACCAUCGCCAAUGGUGGCAAUUGGAUGUUUGGAGGACUUCUCUGCCGGAUUGUCAAUAUUGGUAUCAUAUUGAACAUGUACUGUAGCAUUUAUUUUCUGGUGCUGGUUAGCACUGACCGCUAUCUAGCGCUGGUGAAAACCAUGUCUGAUGGAAGAAAGCGAAGUGUCUUUUGUGCCAAAAUGAGCUGCCUUGGCAUCUGGGCAUUUGGCUUCCUUAUGAGCAUUCCAACGAUUGUUUUUAGGACUGUAGGGGACUUCCCAGAAUACAAUGGUACAUUUUGCUAUCUUGAUUAUCCGCAAGGCAGUGAAAAAAAAUGGGAAAUAAGUAACAACCUUGUGCUUAUUAUAAUUGGAUUCCUUAUACCAUUUUUAAUAAUAUCUUAUUGUACUUUUGAGAUCACAAAAGCACUGAGGAGUAACACAAUGGAAAGAUUCAGUCAGGGCAAAACUGAGAAAAAAGCAACCCACUUGAUCCUUGCAGUGCUUCUGGUUUUCUUCUUCUGUUGGGUUCCAUUCCAUGUGGUAACAUUCCUCGACUUCCUUAAAGAAGCCGGUAUUUUAAAUGGAUGUGCAUUAGAAGUAGGCAACCAGAUAACCACGUAUCUUGCUUACAGUAACAGCUGUGUGAAUCCAAUCCUGUAUGUCAUUGUGGGAAAAAGCUUCAGGAAGAAAGCUGGCCAGCUGUUUAAACAACUAUUUGGAAAAGGGGAUGCAAGGGGUGACUCUAAUAGAUCCAAAUUCUCGUUUACCUUAAGAUCCUCUCUGUGACUGAAACAUCAAUGUCAAUUUGGACUCUCUGCUACUCUGUCAUCAAGUAAAAGCAGCUCAGAAAUCAAGAAGUUGUUAUGCAAAUGCCAAUAUUUACUGUUAACAAUAGCAAACCAUGAAGAAGUUUAAUUAUUAAUAUAAAUUCUGAUGUUGUAACUGCAUUUUCUAGAUGCUCUAUAAUGGCUUUUCUGCUUUGUAUAAAUUGAAAAAUAUAACAUUAUAUAACUAUAUACAGUAAUUAGUUGAAUAUUACAGUUUCAUUGUUUUAUGACAGUAUAUGCAACCUUACAGUUAUUGGCUUUUUAGCAUGACAUUCUAUAAAAAUGAAGAAUUGUAUAUGUUAUGAUAUACAGUAUGUGUUAAACUUUCUGUUGUGUUUAUUAAUGUGUUGUUUAAAUCUGUAUUUUUUUCUACUAUUUGUUUAUUUGUAUUUGUGUUAAUAAAAGUGUUCGAACAAAAUGGCACCCAAGCUUUGACUAUGCUGGUGCAUAAACAGAAAGCACUAUCUGCUCCUCUCUGUCCUUCUCGCUCGCUCUUUCUCUCUCGCUGUCUCUCACUCUACUCUACUCUACUCCACUACACGCUCCUACACACUCUCCCACAAACAUGUCCUAUGUUCUUUUAUAGGGUGUGGCCAGAGGUAAUUGACUUCAAUAAUUCAAUUCCCACCUGACCACAUUCCACACUGUUCUAUUAAAUAGUAAAAUAAUUAAACAAUUACAAAUUUUACUUGGCAUGUGGCUGUGCAAAGGCAGUCAUCUUGGCCCCAGGCUGUUCCUCUGCACCUGAGCCACUUCUCAGUGUGCACCCAUGUGCAGAACCUAUGCUCUGUCACAGACCUGUUUAAAUUCUGCAAGGUGUUGUAUGUUUGACAAAAAGGAUAGCAAAUAUGGGAAAGGUAAUAUCUACAUGGAUAGGUGGAUAACCUUGUUUCCCUCAAAUUCUCUUGUGUCUUGUAUAAUAAUAAGUACUUGUUUUC